UUAACUCCCCCGUGCCAAGGCCCGCGCCGCCGGACAGCCGCCCGCCGCGCCUCCAGCCCCGAGCGGCCGCCGCGCGCGCCCCGCCUGCAGCCCGGGCCGGCGAGGCGAGCCCUCCUUAUGCAAAGCGCGCAGCGGAGCGGCGAGCGGGGGACGCCGCGCACCCGGCCGGGCUCCUCCGGCUUCGCCGCCGCCGCCACCGCAGCCCGCGGAGGACCUUCCCGAGCCUGAAGCCGCCGGCUCGGCACGCACGGAGGCGAGCAGGCGAGGAGGGGCCGGGGCGAGCGAGCGAGCACAUUGGCGUGAGCAGGGGGGAGGGAGGGCGGGCGCGGGGGGCGCGGGCAGGGCGGGGGGUGUGUGCGCGCUCGGAGGUUUCGGGCCAGCCACCGCCGCGCGAGCUAGAAGCGCCCCAGCCCGGCAAGCUGGCUCACCCGCUGGCCACCCAGCACAGCCCGCUGGCCCCUCUCCUGCAGCCCAUCUGGCGGAGCGGCGGCGGCGGCGGCGGUAGGAGAAUGGCAUCAGAACUGGCAAUGAGCAACUCCGACCUGCCCACCAGUCCCCUGGCCAUGGAAUAUGUUAAUGACUUCGAUCUGAUGAAGUUUGAAGUGAAAAAGGAACCGGUGGAGACCGACCGCAUCAUCAGCCAGUGCGGCCGUCUCAUCGCCGGGGGCUCGCUGUCCUCCACCCCCAUGAGCACGCCGUGCAGCUCGGUGCCCCCUUCCCCCAGCUUCUCGGCGCCCAGCCCGGGCUCGGGCAGCGAGCAGAAGGCGCACCUGGAAGACUACUACUGGAUGACCGGCUACCCGCAGCAGCUGAACCCGGAGGCGCUGGGCUUCAGCCCCGAGGACGCGGUCGAGGCGCUCAUCAGCAACAGCCACCAGCUCCAGGGCGGCUUCGAUGGCUACGCGCGCGGGGCGCAGCAGCUGGCCUCGGCGGCCGGGGCCGGCGCCGGCGCCUCCCUGGGCGGCAGCGGCGAGGAGAUGGGCCCCGCCGCCGCCGUGGUGUCCGCCGUGAUCGCCGCGGCCGCCGCGCAGAGCGGCGCGGGCCCGCACUACCACCACCACCACCACCACCACGCCGCCGGCCACCACCACCACCCGACGGCCGGCGCGCCCGGCACCGCGGGCAGCGCGUCCGCCUCGGCCAGUGGCGCGGGCGGCGCGGGCGGCGGUGGCCCGGCCAGCGCCGGGGGCGGCGGCGGCGGCGGCGGCGGCGGCGGCGGGGGCGCGGCGGGGGCGGGGGGCGCCCUGCACCCGCACCACGCCGCCGGCGGCCUGCACUUCGACGACCGCUUCUCCGACGAGCAGCUGGUGACCAUGUCGGUGCGCGAGCUGAACCGGCAGCUGCGCGGGGUCAGCAAGGAGGAGGUGAUCCGGCUGAAGCAGAAGAGGCGGACCCUGAAAAACCGUGGCUAUGCCCAGUCCUGCCGCUUCAAGAGGGUGCAGCAGAGACACGUCCUGGAGUCCGAGAAGAACCAGCUGCUGCAGCAGGUCGACCACCUCAAGCAGGAGAUCUCCAGGCUGGUGCGCGAGAGGGACGCGUACAAGGAGAAAUACGAGAAGUUGGUGAGCAGCGGCUUCCGAGAAAACGGCUCCAGCAGCGACAACCCGUCCUCUCCCGAGUUUUUCAUAACCGAGCCCACUCGCAAGUUGGAGCCGUCAGUGGGACACGCCACAUUUUGGAAGCCCCAGCAGUGUGUACUUACAGUGUAUUCACAAAGAGACAUUUAUGUGAGAACUGUACAUUAAAAAUUCAUUAUUAUC